AUGGAGGACGCACACGGAGGAAACAAUAUUUAUGAGGAUGCACACGGAGGAACCACUAACAAUGAGGACGCACAUGGAGGAGACACCAACAAAGAGGACACACAUGGAGGAAACACUAACAAUCAGGACGCACAUGGAGGAGAAACCAAUAAAGAGGACACACAUGGCAGAAACACUAACAAUGAGGACACUCAUGGAGGAAACACUAACAAUGAGGACGCACAUGGAGGAAACACUAACAAUGAGGACGCACAUGGAGGAGACACCACCAAAGAGGACACACAUGGAGGAAACACUAACAAUGAGGACGGUACAAGGAGGAAACACUAA